AACGAUGUCCUGUCAACGCGACAAUCUCUUUUUCCUUUCCAGAGACUCCUCACGGCGACGCUCGUCGUCGUCGCGAUCCUCGCCAAAGAGGAGAGCUCGAAGAACCGUGACAAGCGUCAGCAGCUCGCCUUCCUGCGAAAGGGUGGUCGUCUGCCGCCGUAUGCGGUGCAGAUGGAACCGAUAGUGCAAUACUCUCAGAGAGACCCUUUGUACAACCCCUUGGCGAGCCCGAAGAACGACGAUUUGUACGAGGAAAACCCGUCGAGCUACUAUCCGACGGAACCCGAGCCGAUUAUCGAGAUCAUUAUCAAAGAGUCCAAUGAGUCUCUUCCGACUCCGGUGCCGCCACCGCUUCCUCCUCUAUCGCGACCCGCCAAGGAACCUAUCCAGGUCUUCUACGUAAAGUACGAAAAGAAGAAGGGCUACGGGGACAAGACUCGCGUCGUUUACGAUGCGCCGAUUCCCGCGCUGACACCGGUGGAGGAGCACGAGGAGAUUAAACCGGAUAACCCGGCACCGUACGGGGAGGAGCCGACGUACACGGUGACGCCGGCGCCGCCUCCGGAACCGUCGACGACCUUGCGCGCCAUUAUUCGACCCGAGAGCGAGGUAUACCAUUCCGGCAGCAGCGGCAUCCGCGUGACCUUCGGCACCGAGCAAGUGCCGCCCAACAGUCACAGCAAGCGCAGCGACCUGGAGACGCCUGGAAGUGGCAACCAGCAGCCCGUCAGCAAGCCGACGACGUCGCCGGGUGCGCCGAAGAGACAGCACGGGCCGUACCAGCCGUUGCAGCCCCCACCGCAACCCCCACGAGUGCCACCCGCGUUCCCGCAGCAGCGCAUUAUCAGCUCGUUCCCGCCGCAAUCUCAGGCAACGACGUUCUUGCAGCAACAGCAACAGCAGCAACCGCCGCCGCCGCCGCCACCGCCACCGCCGCCGCAUCAUCAGACGUUUCCGCCUCAGCAACCCUUGAGGAACCCGCCACCGCCGUCGAGACCGUUGCAGCGGCACCCCAUAACGAUUCAGGGUCUCCCGGAGAUACAGCAGCGUGCGACGUUCAACAGCUUCGGUCCGCCGCCGCAUCACGUCAACAUUAAUCACCCGCAGCAACCGGGAUUCCCGCCCGCGCUAUCGGUAUCGCAUCAGAGUGUUCAUAUACAGAAUCGGCCACUGUCACCGAAUAGCUUCAAUGCGGAACUUCCGCCGCAAUCACUGCCUCCGUUUAAACAGCAGGAACUGGAGAAGCAUCGUUACCACGAGCAACGACGACAGCAAGAGCUGUUGAAGCAACGGGAGCAUCAACGGCAGCACGAGCAGCAGCGACACCAAGAACAUCAGCGAUUCCUGGAGCAACAGAGACAGAUCGAGCAACAAAGAUUGUUGGAGCAGCAGAGACAGCAGGAACUUCAGAGGCAACAGGAGCACCAGAGGCUUCAAGAGCAACAGCGAGUGCAGGAACAGCAACGCUUGCAAGAGCAACACCGGUUGCAGGAGCAGCAGCGAUUGCAGGAAUUGCAGCGCUUGCAGGAACAACGCAGGCGGAAGCAGGAGCAGGAGCUCAAGUUCCUCCAGGAACAGCAACGGUAUCGCGCGCAGCUCAAGUAUAAUCAGGCGCAGCUUCAGCAGCCGCAAUUGCAACCGCAAUUGCAGCCACAAUUGCAGCCGCAAUUGCCGCCGCAACGACCGGCGGGUGAAAUCUUCAAGGCCGUGUCGAAGCUGGAACAGCAUUACGCGAUCCGAGAAAAUCCCCUUCAUCCCGGCCCGUUCCCGCCAAAUCCCGCAGUAGUGCAGCCAACGGCGUUUCCCGAACUCACCCAGAACCAAUUCGUAUCCGCGCAACCGUUCAAUACUCUUCGCGAGUCCCAGCAACUCUCUGGGAGUCCAACGAAUCAGUUUAUCUCCGGUGAUAGUUUACAGCAACAAUUAAACCAGCAGUUAAACACGAAGCAUCAGUCCCAUCAGAGUAGUCAGCAGAGCUUCUCGCAGAAUCUUCCGGCAACGCAGCAACGACCGCAAAGCACUUUCUCUCAGCAGCAAUCUAUAUGGGGCCGGCCGUUAUUCCAAAACAAUCCCGCGCAGAAGAUCUACGCGACGCCAGUUAGCCUCUCCGAAGAGGGAUUUAACUCGCCGUCGACGGCCAGAACGUUCCUACCGACGACUACGACUACGACUACCACAACCACGACCACCACGACUACCGAAGUGCCUACCACGACGACGCUCUCGCCAAAUAAGGCGGCCAAGAUCAAGGCGAACAUUGCGAAUCUGCCGGACGAGGUGCCGGACGACAUCAGGGAGCAGCUACUUAGUUCCGGUAUUUUGGGCAACGCCGACAUCCAGAUCCUCGACUACGACAAGAUCGGCGACAUACCAAUCGAGAAACUGCCGCCGGAGGCCCUGGCAAAUUUCUACGGCGCCGGGGGCGGAGCGGCAAUUGCCGCCGGCAGCGAACCCGUGCCGGCGAUCGCCAAACGGCCGUCGACGAAGACGACGCAGAAGAAGGCGACGAACCUGAUCCCCGCCAACGCCAGCGGCAGCUCGACCAAGUUCGAACAGGCUACCUUGCGGCCCGGCGGCGUGGAGAUGAAAGUAGUACGCUUCGAUCCGAAUACGGAGCAAGGCCGGGCCGUGGCGGAGCAGCACAUACGGGACGACGCGACCCGGCUCGAGCCGGUGACCGUCGUGGGAGCGCGCGGGGAUGCCGUCCAGUAUAAUCGUUAUCUGCCGCUUAAAGUGAGCGGCACGUCCUUCCCGAUACCGGACGUGUCGGAGCUCAAUGGCCGUAGGAUCUCGAGCGUCGUGGUGCUGGCACCCGUCGACUACGACUUUCCCGGCGAGGAGAGGGAGGUCGCGGCGGCGGCGGCGGCGGAGUCGCAGCGGCGCGGCAGGAAGGCCGGCGGCGACGCGCAGCCGGUCAGGUUUCUCGCCGGCGAGACCCUCAAGCAGCUCGUGAAGAAGCCCACCGUGGAGAACUACAAGAAGUGGCUCGAACAGGAGAGCCGCACCGAGCCGCAGAGGCAGUCCGUCGUACUCCUGGUGACCAUGCCGAGAGACGGUGACGGUCAGGGUGACAAGGAGAUCUUCAUGUACGACGUGACCUCUGGAUCCGUCAGCAAGCUGGCAGGCGAUCUCUCGACGGCCUUCGUGGACGCCGCCGAGAGCAACUCCGACGGCACCGAUUCCAUCGACGACUCUAACUUCUCGGCAUAUUAACUUAGUCUCGUAAAAAAAGGCUUUCUUCGAAAUCUUAAAAAAUGUUUGAUCCACAGCCGACCGCAGGAUUUCUCUUUCGGAGGGCUCUACAACGCGGCAACAUAAUAUAUUCAAGAUUCUAUCUCUGUUACAGAUUGAAAGAAAAACAAAUUCUGUGCAUCGUGCAGUAUAACACAUUUCUCGUGGCUUUACCUAAAUCAAGUCUAACUUUUACGUCGCGAUGAAGGACUGGACGUUCAGGUGGUCAAUUCUGUAUCUUACACUGUAGUGAGAAUGCUAAAAGUCUACAGCCUUUCUAACUGUUCCCUUAGAAAGAGAUAAAAUUCCUCGCUUUUAGCACUUUCAUUAUGUCGCAAGAUACAGAAUUGACCCCAAGAUCUGUACGCUGACUACGCAAUAAUGAAUGUCAAUGGUUAAACGCUGGUGGGGAAACAGUAUAAAAACGACGGAUUUUCCGAGAUCGCAUUCUUUUAUGCGGUUUGAGUGAAAAUGGGAGAAAGAUGAGGAUUUCAGAAUGAGGCCGAGAAUCGCAGCGUGGCAAAUUACUUGGAGUAUCCUUGUAGAUAUCUUUUAACUAUGUAUUAUUAUGUACAUACGUAUAAGAAUAAUUUUGUACUUUUUUAUACGAAAUAAAACGCAGUCUUUUUAAACUGGCGUUGUGCAAGCUAAAAACGUGCCACUGCCCACCGCGGAGAGAAUGCGUUCUU